AUGGGAGCAGAGAACGGACAACCGGGCCCCAUGGCCAAGGUCAGCGAGGUUAUCUCGACGUACCGACCAACGAGGCUCUUCAAAGCCCCCAACCUGCACUACACAUCGCUCGACUUCGACUCAACCGGCGAACUGCUCCUCCUCGCCCGCACUGACGAUACUCUUCAUAUCUACAACACAAAGGCUGGCGCACAUGCAAAAGAACUCAAGUCACAAAAGCACGGUUGCGCCCUUGCUCGCUUCACACAUCACUCACAAUCCGUUAUCUACGCCUCCACCAAACUCAACCAUGAUAUCCGAUACCUUUCUGCCCAUGAUAACUCCUACAUUCGCUACUUCAAAGGCCACACCGACAGGGUCACCUCCAUUCAGCUCUGCCCUAGCAAUGACACCUUCCUCUCCGCCUCUCUUGAUAAUACGGUGAAAUUGUGGGACCUACGCUCUUCUUCUCCGCAGGGCAGUCUCAACUUGCACGGCGCCGUCCUGACUGCUUACGAUCCUUCGGCCACUGUCAUUGCCAUCGCCUCUCCCGCUACUCAGACCAUUGUUCUCUAUGAUGUUCGCAAUUACGACAAGCCUCCUUUUGCAACCUUUGAUAUGCAGGAUAUUGAACGUCGCUUCAGCCACUACGGCCAAGCUCAAGCUCAGGGUUGGACUACUCUGGAGUUCAGCAACAACGGCCAGUACAUUUUGGUGGGAACCAACGGCCCCGGCCACUACGUCCUUGACGCCUUUGAGGGUACCUUGAAAGCCUAUCUAUACCGCGCUCAGGGCCCUCCACCAUUCCCAUCUCAGCUUGGUCAAAGCGACAGUCCCUUGCGUCAUACUCAAGCCUCGCUCCAAGGCGACGCUUGCUUCAGCUCUGACGGCCGCUAUGUCGUCUCAGCCUCGUCCAAGGGCGGCAUGUUGGUAUGGGACCUGCUUGCUGAUAAGCGCUCUGACGGCACCAUGAAUCCCAUGACCGAUUUGCCAGGUCCAAGAACGUCUACUGUCGUCGGCGUGAACCCGAGAUACAACAAUCUCGCCAGCGCUGGUCAAGACGUCGUACUAUGGCUGCCCGACCCUGAACUGGCUUGA